AUGGCAAGACUUCGGAAUGCGAUCAAAGGGGAAGCCAGGGAGAGCUGCAAGAGUCUUCUGUACUCCAGUAUGAAGCCCGAAGAUGUUAUGGAAGCACUACGUCGGCGCUACGGGCGGCCCGACCUACUAGUGAUGGCUGAAGUGAAGAAAUUGGAGAGCAUACCUCCGAUUGGGCAUAGCCCGAGGGAGCUCUGUAACUUCGCCAACAGUAUCAGCAAUAGUGUCGCGGCGAUCAAGAGUUUGAACAGACCCCAGUUCCUGCAUGCACCAGCGGCAGUGAACUCAAUAGUUGAGAAGAUACCACACGGCUUGAGGUAUCGGUGGUAUGAAUAUGCAUCGGCGUAUCCAGAGGAAGUCAAAGUACAACGUAGAAUUGGUGAGUGCUUUUCUCAAUUUAGAAGCAGACAGGUGCAGCGCGUUUGCAGGAGCUGUGGAGUACAAGCCACAACGUGA